AUGGGGGGCAGUCUGGGGUGCCACCGCUCCAUCCCGCGCGACCCCAGCGAGCUGGGGCGCAAACUCAGCGCCGCGUGCAACUUCAGCGAUGUUCUAGUUAAACAACAACAACAAGAUAAACAACAAGAAGAAGAUAAACAACAGCUGCAGCAUCAUCAGUGUUUGGACAUCAACUCGUGCACCGAGGAGGAGCUCAUGACCCUGCCCGGAGUGACGCGGGCUCUCGCGCGCAACAUCGUGCAGCACCGCGCGCGCAUCGGCGGCUUCAGGAGGGUGGAGGACCUGGCGCUGGUGAGCGGGUUCGGGGCGGCUAGGCUGCAGCUCGUGAAGCCGGAGAUCUGCGUCAGCAGCAAGGCAAGAAGAGGAGGAGGAGGAGGAUCUCCGCCUUCAUCUUCAUCCUCCUCCUCCUCGCUGUCCUCCAGCGCGCCGUGCAACGGAGUCAGUGGUGAGUUCAGCUCCACCACCGACCACAACACCCACAGCAGCAGCAGAGCCAGCCCCACCGACAGCCUGCCCCCCGGGGGGCCGGGGCAGAUGGCGUCAUCGCGGCCGGACGGGGUGCAGGCGCAGGAGCGCGCGCGGCACGGGAAGCCCAUGAUGCGCGUGGCCACGUGGGACCUGCAGCGCUGCACCAGCGACAAGGCCAACAACCCCGGGGUCAGGGAGGUGGUGUGCAUGACCCUGCUGGAGAACGACAUCAAGCUGUUAGCAGUUCAGGACCUGGCUGACCGUGAAGCUUUGAAUAAGUUUUGUGCGGAGCUGAAUCAGCCGUCGCUCUUUAACGUGCGUAAGUGGAAAGGCCCUCGAGGAGCGUGGAAAUGUGCCGUUUCUGAGAAACCCACUGCAGAGUCCAGUGAGGGUUCAGAAUAUUCCGGUUUUCUCUGGGACUCCUCAGCUGGAAUUGAGCUGAAGGACGCCCUGGUGCUGGACAGCGCCGCUGCUAACGGCAACGGAAACCACGGCCAGCCUAAACUGUUCCUUGCCCGCUUUUGCAUCGGAUCAUCAGAACUCACCUUGGUGAACGUUCACCUGAAAACACCUGCAUUGCCAAGGGAGCAGAAUGGACGGAAGCACGGCUCCAGCAGGCCGAGACACCACAGACUGAGCACUGCGGUGCAGGACACGCUGAGAGGGAUGAAGGAUGUUCUGGUGUUGGGCGGUUUCGGUCUGCCCCCAGACAGCACUGAACUGGACAAUCUGAGGAAAGAAAAACUCACCGCUCUGCUGCCCCCGUCUGUCUACACCAACAUCAGCACUAAAUCACCACAGGGCUCCUCCGCAUUGGACAACAUCUGGGCCAGCCGUACCAUGAAGAAGCUCCACACCGGUCACUGCUCUGUGGUCAGGGAAGGUCUGACUAACCCCUGGAUCCCUGAUAACUGGUCAUGGGGAGGUGUGGCCUCAGAGCACUGCCCAGUCAUGGCUGAGUUUUACCUGGACGUGGUCAUGAAGGAGCCAGUUGAAAAUGGCAGCAGCGUAGCCGUGCUGGAGAGGGAUGAUAUCAUGCCCAAACACGAGCGGUGACCUUUGUCCUUUAUAGACAGGGUCAGGGUGGCUUGACUGACGGUGACCGGUCGCAGAGUCACAGUGGCAUCACUUAAGGACUGAAAAUGUGAUGAAAGAGAGACGAAUGGACAGAGACUGCUUCUUUUACAGCCGAUGUAUGGUAGAAAUUAUGUAGCACUAAGAAAUCUUUUUAAAUGUAGAGAAAUUAUAUUAAAUCACAUAUUUAAGUAAACGAGAGAUUUAUUUGUGAGUAAUGUGUCAAAUUCAACAUGUGCCAAAAAACAUUUGAAUAAAGUAUGUGAAAUAAAGCAAUACUGAGAUAUUAACCUGGUUUUAAAAAAAAGCCGCUGCGCUUUAUUGAUGGCGAAAUGUUUAGAUCCAACAGAAGUGACCUCCUCUCACCCGACAAGGCCUACAAAGCGUGACCUAUACUGGUUGCUAUUACAUUAUAAACUUACUGUAUACUGUCCACUACUACACUAUAUACCCGACAUGUACUAUUUACCAUUAUUGACUAUUUCUAACUGACUGUGUUGUUAUUAUUGUACUAUAUAGUUAAUGUAUUGUGGUAUCAGAGCAAAACCUUUCUUCACUUUUAUCAUUUUUAAUUUUCUUACUUAAUUUCAAAAUGCCAGCUGCCAAACAUUUAUGAUGAACGGACCAAUAUACACCAAUCAGGCGUUGCAUUCUGACCACCACCUCGUUUCUGCGCUCAUUGUCCAUUUUAUCAGCUCCACUUACUAUAUAGGUGCACUUAUGUAGUUCAUGGGGGGGGUCCAUGGGGGUCCUGAACACUGAAGAACAGGGUAAAAGGUGGUGACAAAGUAGUUGACAGUAUAACAGUAAAUAUUAGGUAUACAAUGUAUCUAACACUAUGCAGUCUUAUACUGUAUGCAUAACAUGCACUAUGUACUACUGUACUGCAUACCCAGCAUAUACUAUAUAUGCUUACAUACACUGUGUGCUGUACUGUGCAGAAAGGUGCAGCAAAUAGUGAAUAGUAUACAUUAGUAGAUCAAUUUGAAACGGCUUUCUAGUUGGAGGGAAAUUGCCUGUUUGUCUUUAAGCAGAAUUAUGAACGUGUGUAUGAGGAACUGUCUUUUUUCACUUCUCUGUGGACAGUGAGAGGCUUUGUGUUUCAGUUGUAAACCCUGGGAAAGAAGGCAUGCUGUUCAUGCCGUGAUCCUCUUUUGAGUGAGAGGAUUUUGGGUGGGUGAAGCUGUUGCACUGGUUCAAUAAACACUCCGGACUCACCAGCUGA